AUGGCAUUACAAAGGAGUGGAGCUAUUCAGCAAAUGCUUACUUUUAAGCCUGUGCAAAAUAGAUACAAUUUCCAUCUUGUUACUGAUGCUCUAGUUGAGAAAAUCAUUCUUGAAAAAGCAUCUGGGGAGGCCGUUGCCAAAGGUGUGAAAGUCACUAUCAAGGGUGUCGAACAUACCUUUCAAGCCGGGAAGGAGGUUAUCGUUGCAGCCGGUGCUUUGAAUUCUACAAAGAUUCUAGAACUUUCGGGAAUCGGGGAUGCUAAAGUUCUCAGCUCCCUUGGAAUCGAUGUAUAUGUCGAGAACUCUAACGUAGGAGAAAAUUUCCAAGAUCAUACAUCAAGCGGAAUGAGCUUCGAGGUGAUUGAUGAAAUUCAGACACUGGAUCCUCUCAAUCGUCAAGAAUCAAAAGCUAUCGUAGCCGCUGUGUCUGCAUAUCAAACCGAGAGAACUGGGCCAUUUGCUGGUGCAGCGAUUUCGUCGUUUGCUUACAUGCCAGUUCCAGACUUCCAAACACCCAAAGGCAAAGCCGAAUUAGAGCAUUUGCUGCUUACUCACAACCCUGUGAAAGAGAGUGUAACGACUGAAUUCGCACGAUCUGUCCUCUCUAGCGCGGAUAAGAGUUCUGCUUUCUAUUUCGUCUAUGCAGCCCAUGGAAACUUUGGAUCCAACGCAAGCUCUGCAAAGAACAUCACCAUCAGUCACGAGUCUGGCAAUUUUCUUACAAUUGCUUGUGAACUUGGAUAUACACUCUCUCGUGGCAGUGUUCAUAUUCAAUCUUCUUCGGCAUUAGAUAGUCCUAUCAUUGAUCCCAAAUACUUCAGCAAUCCUAUUGAUCUUGAUAUCCACGCCCGAUUCAUACGAUACAUACACAACAUUGCUGCGACUGGGCCAAUGGCUUCAAUUCUAAAACCUGGUGGACAUAUCAGUCCAAGCUUUGCUGUAUUUGGUACAGAAUUAGAAGCUGCCAAAUACUAUGUUCGAAGAACUAUGAUUUUCCGCGUGGCAUCCGCGUGGCACUUGUGCAAUGUUACCUUUGGCAGAUGGUGGCGUUUUGAACUAAAAGCUGAUCGUUUAUGGCACCAAAAACAUCAGGGUUGUCGAUGCAAGUAUGAUACCUUUGACUCCGAGAAGAAAUCUUCAGUCUACUGUCUAUGCUGUAGCUGA